AUGAUCCGGCAGGAGCCGAAGGCUUAUUUCCUCUACGAAAACGUAGAUCUCAGCUCUUUCAGUGAGCUGGAACCUGCCUGCAAGGAACUGGAUUUUGCCGCUUUUGAAGAUAUCCAUGCUUCAUGCCUUCUCCGCAUUACGAAUACUGCCGACCUUGAAGUUCGGCUUCGUCGUGAUGGUCCUCCAAAUGAUCAAUGGCUUGCCAAAGGUGUUAUGAAGGUUAUUUUAUGGAAUGAACACUUUGAAAUUGAUGGUUCAUAUCCAGCUACAUGGUGCAAUGAAAAACCGUUUCAUUUGGUCGAUCUAAUGAGCCGAAAAUCUUUGAAAUCUGAAAUCGGGGCUGAAAUGUUCAAUGUGGAAAUUUCGAUUAAAUUUGACAAGUGGGAAGGACUUAAAGUGCUGAAACUUUUCCAAUUCGAUCAUCAAUACUUGGAUUCCGACCUGAAUAUCAAUGUUCAAGGGGAGAAUUUUUACAUGAGAUCCAAGACACUGUUCAAAGAAGUUCCUGCGCUUCAAGAGUAUCUAGAACAGAACUUUGAACCGGGAACAAAGAAAUAUAUGAUGCAUGAACUGAACGGACAGAGAAGCAUCAAAGCAUUCAGAACUUUGCUUCAAGUAUCCUUCCGAUGCAGCUUCAUCACCAACAUACACGAAGUUGGAGAAGUUCUUACUUUGGCUUACCGUUUUGAGUAUCCCGAAUUGAAGAAGAAAUGUGAAUAUUAUUUGAUCAGUGAGCCAGAAAGUGAUUGGUUCCAGAAACUUGUUUUUGCGGAUCUUUAUGAACUUCCAUUGCUGAGAACCCAUGUCCUAAAUAACACUAUCGGCCUUGCACAAAUCUGGCGAAACCUACAUCUUCACAGAUUUCUCUCCACAGAAACGAUUCGAGCAAUCACUUGCAAAGCUAUUGAACUCAAAAACCAAAAGAAUUUUGGAGAUGGUCCAUCUACUGGAUGGGCAAAACUUGAUCUGCACACAAUAACUGAAAACCGCUGGGAGCGUCUGAAACGAGUUCCGAUCUGUAUUGCAGCUCCUGAACCAGAUGUGACUGCUCGAGUUGAAAAGUUUGAGAGUACUUUUAUGCCGAAACACUUCGGAGUUGAGCUUAUCACCCCAGAGUUUUCAUUUGUGGAAAAAUGUUUGAAUCUAUUCACAUACAAAGUUCAACUUGGCCCCGACCAUCGCCUUCUCUUCAAACUUGAUUGGAAUAAUAUUCAAACUGAUAACUUCGUCUGGUCAGCUACUGCAAACGUUUUCAUCCGUCUUCAAUAUCAAGGAUCUCAAAAAUUCGAAAUAUCCGAAAGAGUCAUAUUUGAUUAUGAUCAUCAAUCAAUUUUCUUCGAUGGACUUCACAUUCAAAAUGUGUUCCCAGGAGGUGUGGAGCAUCUAUUGGAUGGAUUGGGAAAUAAUCCAACACUACCGAAAAUAGAAAUUAUGGUUGUUGUAGACAAGAUCAGGGGAUUGGAGCUGACUCCAUUCGAUCCAUCCUUGGAUUCAGAUGAAGAAAUGGAUGAUGAGUGGAUCCUUCAGCCGUCUAGAACCUCUCCAAUCGUUUGUUGUGGAAAGUAUCUCUACGUUGAUAAGGAGGUACUCCGCAAGCAAUCUCGCGUGUUCUCAAAGAUCUUUGAGCAAACUUAUGAACCCAUUACCAUUCCACUGACGUUUGACAAGUUUGAAGCAUUUUCCAGUUUAUUGGAAUUCCUUCACGGUGAAGAUAUCUACUUCAAUUAUAAUAACGUCUUCAAAAUCAUUGAAUUGGCACGUGCUUUCGAUGCCGAUGAUAUUCUCGAGCAGGCUAUUGAUUGGAUUUUCAAUGAGCCGCAAAAUGGAAAGCUUGAGAAGUUGGAAUUUUCUGAGAGAUAUGCAAUUCCAGAACUUCAAAAAGUCAUUACUGAUAAUAUUCUUGAUCUUGAUGAAUUGUUUCAAAUAAUGAAACAUCCGGCGAAACUUAGUCGUCGCUUACUUCAAAUUCUUCAAGAUCGUAUGAUCAAUCUUCCAAUUCCAGCUGACGAAGAAAAAGAAUUUGAAUAGAAUUUUCGAUUAGAUAAAAUUAUUAGUUUCUUGAAAGUGUAACAUUUUUGUUGUAUACUUUGUACUCUAGAUAACACGAUCAUUUGUACUUUAUUGUUUUCCGUUUUUUCCUCUGUACAAUACCUGAUAGUUUUUUGUAUUUUUUUGGAUGAGAUUACACAGUUGACUACUACUAUCUUCGUGCAAAAGCUACCAGCUCCUUGUAAAUUUAAAAAUCUCCCACAAAAUCUUUCAUGAAACCACUUUCCCCAAAUUACUUUCAAUUGUUUUUUGUACUUUAUAGAUCUGAUCGUUUUUUCAAAUUCAAGCAUUUCUCAGGAAUCUUCUUUUUUGCAUGUCUCAGGAAAGUCACCAAAAUUCUUUACUAAUCUGCAAGUUUUUUAUUUGAAUUUUUCUGAAGUUUUUUUAUUAGUUAAAUAAAUUUU